UGCAACUAAUAGGGUUUUAUAGAUUAAAGCUGACCAUUAUUUGAUGUUUGGUUCCACAUCAAAGUUCAUUGAUGAAGAAGUCUCCAGCAGUAACAAUUUUAAAUCAAGUCUAAACGCUUCAACUUUGGCUAACGCUUGUCAUCAAAAGAAUAUGGAGUUAGAGUUUCAUGAGCAAGGGCAGUUAGCUUUUGUGAAUCCAUCUGAUCAAACUUUGCCACAGAUGCUUCCUUUUAAUCUUAAUUCUCUCAAUAGUCCUAUGUUGAUGAUGGCCAAUGGUGUGGAUAAAGGCUUUUUAGGCUCUUAUUAUCCAUCUGCUGCAAAUCUGAUGAUGAAUUAUCGUCCUAGGGGUUGCCCAAUAAGCUACAGUGGUCUAAGCAGGCAGCUGUCAGCUGGGUUACCAAAUGUUUCUUCUCGGAUGCAUAAUCCUCAAUUGUCCGAGUUUUGUGAUAUUAACGAGUUUGAGAUGAGGAACAAAAAGGACAGUGUUAAACAUGAAUCUCGAAGCAUCAAAUCUAGCAUCUUGCAGUAGUUUUCUUGAAUUAAGAUGUUCAAUUGUGUUUUCUUUUCUUUCUUUGGAUUUAUCAUCUGGGACUAGAUUAUGAUAUUAGGCCUUGAAAAUUUAUGGUUACGUACUUAGAAUUCAGAGUAAUUAUUUUUUAAAAUCUCAUAUUAGAAAUUUAGAAUCUUGCAAAAAAAAAAGGGAAUGAUCUCUGAAAAUAUUGAAUGAAUGUGCAAGAGUUUUGAUUUGAUGGGCCAUGAGGCUAGCCUCCCCAGUACAAGAGGUUGCAGGCUUUGCAGAUGGCGAUGUUGAGUUGUAUUUUUGACAGGCCAAGCCCGCACUUUUCAGGUUCUUUUCUUUUUAUAUAUAUUUUAUUUUGAUUAAAAUUUGAAGUGAGAUUUAUAAUUUUAUGCAAAUUAUUAAAUACAAAAAAUGCAAAAGGGUCAAAU